UACGUCCGUGCAUUUAGCCCACAGUUGUGUUGAAGUACCGUUAGCGCUAUUCACUGUCUGCAAUGGAGGGGGACCUAGAAAUAUUCCUGAGGUCAAGAGGAAUACCCCAGGAAACCAUAUUGCUCAUGAAACAGGACAAGAUUGACAAGUCUGUUUUGUCUGUUAUGAAAGAUGAGCAAAUGGCAAACUACCUCAAAUGUUAUGGUGACAGAGUGGCAGUUGUGUCAUUCUGUCAUCAAACACAACCAAACACAAACCAAGAGGCUGUGUUGCAAAGAGUGAGGGAUAAAAUAGAAACCAGAAAACUAGGAUCAACGCCUCGAAUGUUGCGUUCAAAGUCCUCUUUAAAUCCUAGGCAGGGGAGUUUGUUGUCACGGCCCAAAAAUCAUCAUGCUGAGAAAACCACCAGGAAGAUUGAAAUUGGUUGACUUAAUUUUUGUAGCAAAGGAUACCAACAAGUGAGGACCAGAAAUGGUGGUGGAACAAGACAUGUCACUGUGAAAAAAAGCACAAUAGUACAAGAGAUACUGGCAAUGGGAAAGGACCUAUUUUUUCCAAAUGGCCUCUCAACCAAGGGAUCUGCAGAAGAUUUUAAUUUUCAUGUUUGUGACUUUAAAAGAAACCCUAUUUCCUUGGGUGACAUUGUUGGCCUUCUUUAUGAACAAACAAAAUUAAAACUUUUGAGGUUUUACAUCUGCACCAGAGAUACAGACUUAUCUAAUCAAACUGGAUCUGGAGGUGAUAUUGAAGAAUACAGCUCUGACAGUGAGUCCUGGGAUGUACUGGAAAAGGAGGCUUUUUUAAAAAAUGCCACCACUGGAGAGGAUCUAGAACUCCAAGAACAUACAUCAAAAAAAUCAAAACGAUGGAGCCCUGAAUCACCCAAUGAAACAAGGGCUUUGGCAAUCCAGAAUACUAACACAGAUGAUGCAACAUCAAAUACAAAACCUUGUAUGGGUGAUGAAGGAGAUACACUGUUUCCUGAUUCACAGAUUCACUGGGAUCCUGAAAAUGAAGAACACGAAAGGACAGAAGUUGAAGAUGUUAUUGUGAUAAACCUGUGUUUAGACAAUGCUGAUGAUGUCACUGAGUUGUUCAUGGACAAUGAAGAGGUGAAUGAACCUGUUUCAACAACCUUAUCUUAUAAAGAACCUCUACUGUCUGCCAAAUCACCACAUGAGAGAGUGGAAACAAGUUUGCAGUCCAACAGUGAAAUACUUCCUGGAGAUUUUGCUUCCGAAUCAGAAAACUAUAGCAACUCUUCAACCACCAAUGAUGACUUGGCAAAUUCAAGAGCUGUGCAUUAUGUGUCAGUUCAUAGGAUUACCAUUUUAAAAGAUCUCAUAGUUGCUUACUUGGACCCAAACAUAUUGCAGUGUACUUUAAAAAUGGAAUUUGUUAACGAAAAGGCCAUUGAUGAUUCUGGAGUUUCAAGAGAUAUGUACACUGCAUUCUGGGAGCAGUUCCUUGAACAGUGUGAAGGUGAAGAAGAACGUGUUCCAAGAUUGAGGCUAGAUUUUUCUGAGGAUGAAUGGCAGGCAGUGGGAAGGAUUUGGGCCAAAGGUUUUCUAGACCAUGGUGUACUACCAAUAAGGCUUUCAAAGUCUUUCAUAUUGGCAUCUAUUCAUGGAAUUGAUGCAGUUGAUGUGCAUGUCCUGUUGUCCUCUUUCCUCAACUACCUCUCUUCUAAUGAGCGAGUCAUUAUUGAAAGGGCUUUACAGGGCACACUGGAGGAAAAUGAUGAGGAAGACUUACUUGACCUUUUUACAAGGAUGGGUUCCCAAUGCCUUCCUCCAAAAGAUAAUAUGGAAUCUGCCAUCCAAACAAUGGCUCAUAAAGCCAUACUGCAAGAACCUAAAUAUAUAGUAGAUUGCUUCUCCAAGGCCAUGUCAUGUGUACAGCUAAACUUGUCUGACAAAAAAAGUGUGCUGUCUUUAUAUGAAAUGAAAAAGGCUACUGGCAAAAAAGUGUCACAGCUGCUUCAAACUACCAAGGAAAUGCUUACUCAGCAAGAGCAGGCAACCUUCAACCAUCUUCAGCUUUAUGUUCGGAACGCAGACCAAAAAAAAGCAGAACAGUUUCUGCGUUUUUGCACAGGGUCUUCGGUCAUGUGUGUUGACAAAAUUAAUGUAUGUUUCAAUGCAGAGUCUGGCCUCAGCCGACGGCCUGUUGCUCACACCUGUGGAGCUACCCUUAAAGUGUCUUACACUUAUAGCUCUUACCCAGAGUUUCGUACAGAGUUUGAUAACAUUCUGUCUAGUAACUACUUGAAAAUGGACAUCAUUUAAACUUGAUACGUGACAACUUAUAAAGUAUCUGUUCUUUCACUACUGCUGACAUACUUUAAGUUCAUUUUUGUAUAAAGACAUGUUCUGUCUGUUCAUUUUCGUUCUUUGUUUGUGAAAGCUGUUUAAACAUUUAUUUGUACUUAAAGCAGUUUUCAGCUUUCACAGGUUACAAGAAACAGAGAACCAAUUAUUAUGCACUUUUCUUUUACAUCAUUUUUAGGAAAGUUGACUGACACUUAUGACAGUAAGCAGGUUAGGUUUAUGUUUUAGUAUUUUAACUGAAUAAAGACAAUGCUGCCUUUUGCCUGUUCAUAAAAAA